CAUGAGCCACUGUCUGGGCCAGACAUGGAGAACUGCUGGGUCUUUUGGGGGCUCGUCUUGUGGCUGAUGGCUCCCUACCUGGAUUGGACACAUGAGUCAGCACCCCAGCAGGAAUGGACAUACAUGGUACCACAGCACUCUAACUGGCUGUGCUUCAAAUUUGGGGAGCAUGGCUGCCCUUCACGGACCCCCAACUGCUCCACCUGCCACUGCACAGCUGGAGGAUGGAACUGGUUUGAAGCGUGUUAUGAGAAGAGCAUGGGGUACUUGAGGAGGACAAAGGCGCUCUGGUGGCUGGGCAUGAGCUCAGUAAGCGAGCUUGGAAAAGUGUGGAAGAAGCUACUAGAAGUGAUUUCCAGGCCCCUCCUGUACCACUUUGAUGUCCCUUGUGUGCCCUGUGUCAUGCUGCGGAACUCUGGCCUCAGCAACACCAACCAAUUGAUGAGUCAGGACACCAUCCACAGGGCUGAGGCAGAUAUGAGGAGCCAAACCACAGGACCCUUCAUCUGUCCCAGGAAUGCCAGUCACCAGGGCUCCUGGAGGCAGCAGUGGUUCCUGGAGCUUGCUGAUCUAGUACCCCGAAUGACAAGAUUUUGGAAGACAGUCUGAUUUCCCUAGAGGCACGAGAUAGUUAAGAUGCGGCCACACUCUCUGGAUUUGGAUCAGAACAGCAAAACAGUCCUAUUGCGAUAACCAGACCAAAGGCCCCCAGACGGACCUGUCUGCAUGGACUAGAGAAGCAGAAACGGAAGUUGCUUGUCAGCUAAGAUGGACAGUCAAAGCUACCAUUCACAAGUGACAACUGCUGAGGCAUGAAUGCUGGAGAAUUUUAGGACACAACAGCCACAUAACUGUGAAGACAUUCAUAGAUGAAGAUCUAAAGAAAAUGGUAUAAGAUCAGUCUGGUACUGAAUAAAAUCUUGGUCUGGCUCUCUUC